AUGGCCAAUUAUCCAAUUUCGUCCACGAGGGUUAUCACAACUCAUGACCCAGAAAGCGGCAAAGCUGUAUUCGAACAGAAUGUGGAUAGUAGCGUUCCAUUCGAAAAAUUUCCAGUUCCGACGGGAAGGCCUCCCACCUCAGACUAUGCUCUUGCAUAUUCGACCACCACAUUCCCGGUUCAGGGUCUUUCGCCGAGCACCAAUCAAGAUGUCGAGCAAUAUAAAUCCAGCCUGCAGAAUUUGUCGCCUUUAAAUCCAGAUGGUGGCACAGCGUGCACUAUAGUUGAAAUGCCAUAUGGGAACGAUAUUGCCAUGAAUCGGACCUUUAGUCUGGAUUAUGGCGUGGUUAUUGAUGGAACUACUGAGUUAGUACUUGACUCCGGAGAGAAGAAGACUCUCCGCAAGGGUGACGUUUUUAUUCAACGAGGAAUUGCUCAUGCAUGGAGCAAUCUCACUAAACGAGACGAUAAUAAUGGUACAUUGCGCAUCUUCUUUGUGUUUCAGCCGAUUGACAAGAUUAACGUUAAAGGCGGUGAAUUGGAUCAAGAUUUGACUCUAGGUAUAAAAUAA